ACGCCACUAUACUGUGCCUCUUGGAAUGGGCAUAUCGAGAUUGUCCGGCUACUCCUCGACCGGGGCGCCGAUAUUACAGCAGCUGAUUCUGACAGAGAGACUCCACUAUACUGUGCCUCUCGGAACGGGCAUAUCGAGGUCGUCCGGCUACUCCUCGACCGG